CUAAACCAUUAUUUCUCACUCUUUUGCCUGACAUUUGCUGUGUUCCACUGAUUAUUGAGUGUCUAAAAUUGUUGUCAAUAGACAUUAUUUUAAAAAAACUGUGUAUUUUCAUAUGUCUAUAUUAUGUAAAACGUUUAUGUCUAUUAUUUGGAAAAGUUGUUAUUAUUCCUUUGGAUAAAAUCUCUUAAAUCAAACUGUGACAUUGUCAGUUGAAGCUGUGUGUUUCUGGUACAGGAGUUGUAAUGUUUUGUGGUGCUGAAUCAAGGGGAAAAUGUUGAUAAAUUCGUCGUCAACGGUUGUCACUCCAUCCGAAAACAAUUUUUUGACAAACAGGUGAAGAUGGAAGAUGAAGCAGACAUCAGAGAACAGCUGUUUCAUAAUACCGUGAGAGAGAAUAUUAUAUUUCUACUCCUCUUUCUCUUGUUGUACAUCUCGAGCUAUGCGUUGAUUGCAAGAUUCAGGAAAAAUGAUAGAGAAGACUAUCUCUCAGUUGAUGAAGAUGAAGCGCUGGUCUAUAGGAUUAGCCUCUGGCUUUGCUCUUUCUCUUUAGCAGUGUCAAUCGGAGCAACAUUAUUGCUGCCUCUCUCCAUUGCAAGCAAUGAGGUUCUCAUUCUUUACCCCAAUAGCUACUAUGUCAAGUGGCUUAACAGCUCUCUUAUUCAAGGAUUAUGGAAUCAUGUGUUUUUGUUUUCCAACCUUUCCCUUUUUGUUUUCCUCCCUUUUGCCUAUCUUUUCACAGAAUCGGAAGGUUUCGUUGGAUUCAAAAAGGGAAUUAUGUCACGAGUUUAUGAAACAUUGACAGUUUUAUGUCUACUUGGAAUGUUGGUGUUGGGAAUGACUUACGUCAUGUCGUCCCUAAUUGACUACCAAAAAUCAAAUCUUCACACAUUGCUCAAUUUAUGGUCUUAUUACUUACCAUUUUUAUAUUCAUGUGUUUCUUUCGUUGGAGUAGUCAUGUUAUUACUGUGUACACCAGUUGGAUUUGUUCGACUCUUUGGUGUCGUUGGUUCUUUCCUAGUCAAACCGCAGUUUUUAAAAAAUCUUGACGAGGAAUUUUUUGCCUUCAGAUUAGAAGAAGACUGUUUAAAAAGAAGACUGGAACAAGCUAAAGCAACUGGAAAAUCAUAUGUUUCUCCAGUACCAAUGUCACCUCCCGAGUGUGAUGUAUUAGCUCAUGACGACGAAGAACUUCUUUGUCCAAAUCCAGGUCUCAUGAGUCUCCGCAAUGGUGCUCUACAAAAAGGUCUCACCCAAAGAUUAAAAGAUAUACAGAAUCGUAGAAAAAUUCUUGACACAGAGAGAAGAACAUGGUGGGUUCGAAGGACUCUCGUUUAUCCAUUAGCUAUGUUAGCUUUACUUAUUCUUUCGACAACAACGGCAUUACUCGCUGUUCAAAAUACAUUACAAUUGCUCAUUGGAAUCAAAGCAUUACCGCUAAGCACUAGGCAAUUCACACUGGGUAUAAGUUCACUUUCGAAACUUGGCCCCAUUGGAGCGGCAAUUGAGGUAAUUGUAAUUUUAUAUUUGGCCGCUACCAGUGCCAUUGGAUUAUAUUCACUUCCCGGUAUCAAAAGGGUACGUCCUCGACAUUAUUCAACUCCACUCACGCAUCUUAUAGCCAAUUGCGUUCUACUGAUUGUCCUCAGCUCUGCAUUACCUCUUCUUUCGAGAAUAAUAGGUAUGACAAAUUUUGACUUAUUGGGUGAUUUUGGAAGUAUUGAAUGGUUGGGAAAUUUCAAAUUGGUCUUAUUUUAUAAUUUGAUAUUUGCAAUUGCCACCAUUGGUUGUUUAACGACAAAAUUUACAGCAACUGUGAGAAAAGAAAUUUACGCAAGGUUACGAAGCAGUGUCAUUGGAAUUUUUAAACAUGAUUCUAAAAAAAAUAAUAACUUGGGAAUGUUUUCCGUAAAAGAAGACUAGACUGAUUUUUAUAAUAUAUAUAUAAAUAAAUAAGCGAAUAAAAGAUAGUAUAUUUGACAAAUAAGCAAUAAUGAGUAAAUUAUAUUUUUUAACGAAUUGUGAGUGUAAAAAUUUUGCUAAACGCAUUUCUUUGCGAAAAAAAAAAAAAUUUUUAGUGUCAUUUGUGUAUAUCAAAGAAAUCAUUAACGAUAACUUAGCUAUUUUAAUAGUAAUUUAUACGAAAAAUUAUUUAGUCAUCUAAGGGCACUAAUAAUAAAAAAAAAUGUCCUGUCUUUUUUAUAAGUUUCACGAUAUCAUAUGCUUUUAUGAAAAACAAAAUUUUAUACACAAUUUUUAAUGGUAUUAUUUAUGAAACUAGUAUUUUUAAUUUUAUUCUAUUUCCAAAUAAUUAUUAUGAUGAAAAAGUCUCAAUAAAUCAUGUUUGAUUUAUCUAAAUUUUUGGGCAUUAUCGCUAUUUUCAAAUAAUUAUUUAUUAAGCAAUGAACACUUUUAUAUAUAUAGUUUGAAAAUUUAUAUAUUAAGUCUGUCUAUUAAAAAUCAUUUUAAAAAAUAA